AUGGCUGGAUACCCAGGCCUUAUGGAAGGUAGUGGUGGAGGCGGACCCCAGAUGGGAGGACUAGAAGGCAUGGUAGGCGGCAUGCCGCCGCGAUCGGCGGAGUCGCCUUCUCAGGCCACUCUACCCCCAGCCACUCUGCAACAGCAACAGAAGCAGUUUAACCAAUCACCUCAACAGCGCCAACAGCCUCAGCAAGUCUGGCAGCAACAGCAGCAACCAGGACAGGGUCCCGGUGGCAACCACCAGAUCGCCAUGGUGUCCCAGCAGCAUCAACAACAGCAGCGCUCUUAUUCCGUCAUGCAGUCUAACCAGUCCAUGAUGAGCUCUCAGAUGCAGCAACAGCAUAUGUAUCAAACGCCGGGAAUUUCUGGUCCUACGAUGGUGGUUGGUGGUGGCCCGUCCUACGAAAUGCGCCCGGCCGCUGGUCAGAUGCAUGCAGGUGGUGGAGGUCUCAAACCGCAUCCGGUGAUACAGCAGGCAGGUAUGACACCCGACAUGUGUCAGCCACAGCGUAUGCGCAUAACCAAUGACCCAAACUUCACACGAUCCGCGUACUUCGCUGGAGACCAGAUGCCCCCUAUGGGUGUCCGCAAUUUUCGGGAUAGUCCCGGACACAGCGGACGUUUCCAGAUGUCCGCUGAUGGUUCUUCGCCCUCUUUCCCUGCCCCACACCAGGUUAAGAAUGGUAUGGCACCUGGCCUCAGCGAAUUCCAAGGCAACUACUCUGCUGUUGGACAAUCUAAUGCUAGCUAUGGGGGGCAAAUACCUAUGGUCAACAUGUCCUCUUAUGAGAUGCACUCACAGGUGGCUAGUCCAAACUACCGUAACGCGCACCCUCCUCCGACCUAUCCUUGCAGCCCUGCGAUGCCCCAGAUGCGUCCUGGAGGAUUCAGUCAGCAACAACCGGGGAUAUCGCCCCCACAGAACAGUUCGAUGAUGGGUUAUGGUUCUCUACAGGGCAAAGGCCAGAUAAUGGCCAUUCGGCCCAGUGGAAGAAACGCAUCUGGUCGAGGUGCGCCAGUAUUUCAAAUGCAGCAACAGCAACCCGGUCCCGGCAUGCCAAACGCGGUUGGGUCCAUGCAGCCAAUGGAAUAUGUUUUCGAACCUUCGCCUAAUCAGCAACAGCCUUCUCUUUCUCAGCACGAUCUGACUGGCGCUACGCUCCAACAUCCAGGCCAACCCAACCUUUAUGAUCCUAACGCCGUCAUCAACCACGGAGGGUCUUUACCUUACUAA